AUGGGUGGGUGUUAUGAUCAAGCAACUUUUCGUUCGAAACUAUCUAAAUUCAUCGGUCUGCGGAACGUCCCAAUCGUUCGAGCGUGCAUUGCGGAAUUUUGCGGGACGGCGAUGAUGAUCAUCUAUGGUUGUGGGGUGCUUGCUCAGGUAAAAUUGGGGAAAAAACAUGGUAAAGAGCACGGAGAUUUCCUUUCUGUGAGUUGGAAUUGGGGUCUGGCGGUCACACUGGGAGUAUUCUUUGCAGGUGGCAACGGCCACGGCCUCAUCAAUCCUGCGGUUACUUUGGGUUUCGCAAUUAUAGGGAAAAUACCGUGGAUUCGAGUUCCUUUCUACACAUUUGCUCAAAUAUUUGGCGCAUUCUUUGGUGCCAUGUUGGUCUACGGGGUGAAUGCGGAAAAUAUAAACUACUAUAGCGAGGUUCACGACAAUGGAAUGCGUUUGGUGAAUACCACUGGCGACAUAUUUGUCACUAACCCCUGGGUGUCAACAUUCAACUGUUUUUUCGAUCAGACUUUGGGAACUGCACUGCUCACUGCUGGCGCACUUGCGAUUGUUGAAAAAGAGACCUGGAACGUACCCGAUCAUCUUCACCCACUCUAUCUUGGACUGCUGGUGUUUUCUCUUGUUGGGGCCUAUGCUCUCAACGCAGGCUGUGCUUUGAAUCCAGCUAGAGACCUUGGCCCUCGGCUAAUGAUUUUGGCAUUU